AUGUUGGAAGGUAACUUCUCGAAACCUUUCAAAGAUUUCGUUGCCUACUGCCUUCAACGCGAUCCUCGCGAGCGUCCAUCUGCGAGAGAACUACUGCGACACAAAUUUGUUCGAAUGGCCAAGAAGACAAGCUACUUGACUGAGCUCAUCGAACGCCAUGAACGCUGGAGGGCAGAAGGAGGAGACCGUUAUGAGGAUGAAGAGCGCGACACGGUCCCCGACAUGCCGUCAGGGGGAGACCCAGAAGAUCUUUGGGAUUUCGGCACAGUCCGUCACGCUAGUCGUCCGGCGACCAUUGGUCGCAAUCAAAACCCCAUACAAGUAUCCGGGCCGCCUCUAACAUGGGAAAACAACGGGACUCAACGGUCAGACGUAUCAUCCAACUCGUCUGGAUCCUCAUUGCGAGGCAGAAACUCCACCAGCUCGUCCAUCACGGCUAAAGGGGACCUACCUCCCUUACCAUCAGAUGCACGAGGAAGUCGGCGGUCGGAUCAGGCUACGGUGCGACAUAUGGCUCCAGCUGUGGCAGCAGCAAAUUCUAGUGUAUCAAGGAUGAGCCAAAGAACGGCCCAGAGAGAGCCGUCCGAUGAUUACGAGGAUUAUGGUGAUCAGUACGGUAACGAGAAAUAUCAAAGGGAGGAUGAACUCGAAGAUCGAAUGAGGCGUACGCAACUUGACGAAGAUGUCCCGGAUACGACAAUGUUGGAUUCGGUUAUUUUACCCGCCAUUGCCUCGCUUUUCCCCCGUGUAUCUUCGCAAGAAGCACGAGUAGCACUGAGUGCGUUACAGCGUGCGUUCACCGAAGCCGAAAGAGUUAUUCCUGGUGUUUCGAUGGAGCUAGUCAAUGAGAUUGUCGAGUCGGUCGAACAUGUGGAAGAUGACCCGCAAUGA